AGGUGGCUUUUUAUAAACAAAAAACAUUAUGGAGUGUGUGGAAAGUUUUUGUCGUCAUGCUUCUGCCUCUGCAUAGUAGAACAGUGUUUCUGUCGGUGGAACAGCCAGGCGUCUGUCUGACAGGAGGCAGCACGGGACGGGCGUCUGCUCCAAAUGCAGGAGCAGUGGGUGGUUUUGUGUUCUUGGCUGUCCUGCAGGCUGCGGCUGUGACAAAACAUCCCUGCACACAAACCCGGCUGCUGAAAUUUCCCACUGUGUCUGGCUUCUGUGAAGGCAGCGGCUUCCUCCCACGUUUCUGCUCUUUCUGUUCACUUUGCUGGCUGCUGUUAUGCUUCGAUGGCCUCUGCAUCCUAGCUCGUCUCCAUCCUCUGUUGGUUUUGGGAUAGUUGUCAGCUUUAACUGCGGCUGACGCUGUUUUUACCUAAUCGUCUCCAGACUACAUUACCCAUGGAUCAGUGGACACACCUGCUCACUGCUAAGUUCAGGAGCUACCAGUCAGGGGUUAGGACACAAAGGACCAGUGACACACAUCAGGAACUGAUGCAGUGACCCCCCCAACCCAUUAAAACAGUCUUCAGUUUCUUCACAUUGCCUCCACCUGACUUCCACCUGUACAACCUCCUCCUCCUGGUUCAGGCCUCCACUCCAGAUUCUGCUGUGGGGAGAGGCUCAGUUUUGGGCUCCUGUCAGGACCGGUAGCAAGAUGGGGGGCGUGUCUUGUUUGCUGGUGAUUGCUGCUGCUCUUCUGCUGUUCCUUAAAACUGAUGCAGCGGGUCAGAACCCAGACCACGUCCUCGUGGACACGGAUGGAAGCCACGGGGCCCGGCGGCCUGGCGACGACUCCACCAUCUCUCCCGAGGACCUACCUCGGUUUCUCAGCUGCUACUGCUUUGGCCACUGUCCCGACGACGCCAUCAACAACACCUGCAUGACCAACGGUCAGUGCUUUGCCAUCAUCGAGGAAGACGAGCAGGGAGAAGUCCAUCUCACCUCCGGCUGCAUGAAGUACGAAGGUUCCCACUUCCAGUGCAAGGACUCUCCAAAUGCAAAAACCCGGAGGACGAUCGAGUGCUGCAACACAGACUUCUGCAACAGAGAUCUGCAGCCCACCCUCCCCCCACUGCCCCCUAUAGAACACAGCCCCCAUUGGCUGGCCUUCUUCAUCUUCAUGACGGUGUGCUGCUGCACACUCAUCUGUGUCAUUAUCAUCUGCUACUACAGGUUCAAGUGGCAGGGCGAGCGCCAGCGUUACCCUAAAGAUGUGGAGCAGGAAGUCUUCAUCCGUGAUGGAGAGUCGCUUAAAGACCUCAUUCAUCAGAGCUCUGGCAGCGGAUCAGGGCUCCCCCUGCUGGUGCAGCGGACCAUUGCCAAGCAGAUCCAGAUGGUUCGACAGAUCGGAAAGGGUCGCUACGGCGAGGUGUGGCUGGGCCGCUGGAGGGGGGAGAAGGUGGCUGUCAAAGUCUUCUUCACCCGUGAGGAGGCCAGCUGGUUCAGAGAAACAGAGAUCUACCAGACCGUCUUGAUGAGACAUGAGAACAUCCUCGGCUUCAUCGCGGCGGACAUCAAAGGCUCGGGCGCCUUCACGCAGCUCUUCCUCAUCACCGACUACCAUGAGAGCGGCUCGCUGUUUGACUACCUGAAGUCCACCACGCUGGACACGCAGACGCUGCUGCGGCUAGCAUACUCGGCGGCCUGCGGCCUCUGCCACCUACACACAGAGAUCUACGGCACGCAGGGCAAACCUGCCAUCGCCCACCGAGACCUGAAAAGCAAGAACAUCCUGGUGAAGAAAAAUGGCACAUGCUGCAUCGCCGACCUCGGCCUGGCCGUCAAGUUCAACAGUGACACAAACGAGGUGGACGUCCCUCUAAGCACGCGGGUUGGGACACGCCGCUACAUGGCCCCCGAGGUCCUGGACGAAAGCAUGAACAAGAACCACUUUCAGGCUUACGUCAUGGCCGACAUUUACAGCUACGGCCUGGUGGUGUGGGAGAUGGCGAGACGCUGCGUGACUGGAGGAAUCGUGGAGGACUACCAGCUGCCGUACUAUGACACGGUUCCCUCAGACCCCUCCUAUGAGGACAUGCUGGAGGUGGUGUGUGUCAAAGGGCUGAGGCCCACAGCAUCAAACCGCUGGAACAGUGACGAGUGCCUUCGGGCCAUGCUGAAGCUCAUGUCAGAGUGCUGGGCCCACAAUCCCACUUCCCGCCUCACCAUCCUCAGAGUGAAGAAGACGCUCGCCAAGAUGGUCGAAUCGCAGGACAUCAAGAUUUAAUCACCCUCAACCUCCGGGUUGGCUCCGCCCCUCAAACUUUUGAACGUGGGUUUGGUGGAGGGAGGGAGUUCUGGUGUAAAAUAGAGAGGACUUCACCCACAAACUUUUCAUCCAACCUCGACGCUUUCUGUGAAAGCCAAGCAAGAUGGAAGAGGGGGCGGAGCUCCUGCAUCUGCCAUCUUCAUGGCUUAGAGUUCUGUCCCCUCGCCAGAGGACACUAAACAAACAAAAAUAUGUUUGUGACCCAUCAGGGGGUUUGCUGCAGCUGUGCUGAAAUACAGCUGGCUCCUCCCACUGGACAUUGAGGAGUCGCAGUGGAAAUGUCUGCCGUCCUGUUUGACUGUCUGUCCACUUCCUGUCGGUCCGAUGGGAGAAUGCUCCGCCCUCCUAAAGAGCUGCUGCUGCUUCUCAGGAGGAUCAUUUGAUUGGUUGAGUCUGUGGCUGAAGCCAAAUUACUUUGCUACAUUUAAACUUUAUGGAUUAUAGCUGAUGUCUGGCUCCACCCACUCUCUUCCUCCAAUCAGAUGUUUCUUUGUCUAAAUAAAGGUACAGAUUUAAUUCAUUUAUUUUAAAGUACGACUCAUCACAAAGCUUCACGGUCAGUAUUCACAUAAGUGGGAAGGACAAACUCACAAUACCCACCGCAUCAAACAGGAAUUUCUAUCCAAAUCUCUAAACAACUAAAAUAUUUAGUUACGAAAUUGACAACUUAUUAAAGGAAAGGUUUUAUUUUAGGAAAUAAAAUAGGAAAAUGGGAGGUGCAUUCAUGUGGUCUGGGAGAUGUCUUCCUUAAACCGGUUUCUUCCCUGCUGCAGGCGUUCGUGCACGUUCAUGUGAAGAUGAGUCGUUAUAAGAGCAGUAACUGUAGUGUUUGUGUGUCAUAUAAUCCAAUAUGUAAAGCUUCCAUGUUGUUUUGUACAGCCUCUGUUUGGUGCCUUAUGAGUUUACAGGGAAUAUGAAACUCUGUAUCCAGUCUGUCCAAUGUACCCAUUUCUAAGUAAAUAACCUUAUUUUAGUACACAAA